AUGGUGCUCAUAUCUGUUGACCGCUAUGUGGCUAUUUGUUACCCUCUACAUUACCCUACCAAAGUCACUCCAAAAACUGGAACAAUAUGUGUUUCCUUGUGUUGGAUUUAUUCUGUUACUUACAGCAUUAUUCUUUUAUAUGAUAACCUGAAGCAACCAGGCAGGUAUAAUUCCUGUAAAGGGGAAUGUGUGCUCAAAAUUGUAGGAGCUGUUGAUGUUGUUGUUGGUUUCAUUAUUCCCAUUACUGUCAUCAUAGUUCUGUAUAUGAGAGUGUUUGUGGUGGCUGUGUCUCAUGCUCGUGCCAUGAAGUCCCACAUUGCAUCUGGCUCUCUCCAACAUCAGAAAACUGUAAAAGUUAAGAAAUCGGAGAUAAAAGCAGCAAAGACACUUGGCAUUCUUGUAGCUGUGUUUCUGAUGUGUUACUCCCCAUAUUACUGUGUGUCUCUCACAGGCAACAUCAUCUUAAUAGGUUCUUCAAUCGAGGUUUUUAUGAUUUUUGUAAUGUAUUUUAAUUCCUGUCUAAACCCCAUCAUCUAUGCCCUUUUCUACCCCUGGUUUAAAAAAGCUGCUCGACUUAUUGUUACAUUACAGAUCCUGAAGGCUGACUCAUGUGAGGCCAAGCUACUGUAA